AUGGACAUGCAAUUAUUAAGCUCAAAACUAGAUGAGGUUCUGCACAGAUUUGCUACUCGUAAUGAGAAGAGCGAUAAUACUGAUGCUGCUGCUGCUGCUGCUACUACUUCUGGUGGUGAUGGUAGUGAUAGUGAUGCUCUUUUCUCCGACGUCACCUUUCUUAUACAGUGUGUUGAAGAGAUGACAACAUCUGUAAAGGAGACGGGGAAUUCCCCUCCUGUGAAGACACUUGAGGAGCUGCGUGUACUUGGAAGUGUGUGUUGGAAUAUGACUGUGCGCCACUCUUCCAGAGAAGAUGGUGUGGAAGAGCAAAAGUUGCGUGCUUCUCUGCGUGAUUUUGCCACGAGAGCUUUUCUUCUUGGGAACUAUGCAUACUCUGGAAAAAAUGUUUGUCACAGUUAUUUUACACAACAUCCACGUGAGGCUGAACAAUGUGUAGUAAUGUGUCUGAAGACCUCACGGGAUUUAUCUCUUUGUGGUAUAAUUAAUAAUGCAAAGGAAUUAUUAUCUGUGGGUGAAGUGAUUGCUUCAUAUAUUUCUGCAGGAGUGAAAAACAGUCUCACACAUCUUAAGCAUCGCAACAUAAGUUGGGAGUUUGCAUAUACAAAUAUGGAUAUUUUGUGGAAUGUGGGAAAUUACAGGGAAUCAUGUCAGGCAGCCGAAAAACUCACACAAAUGUUAUUAAAAGAUAGUAGUCUACAGCGUGAGCACAGAGAAACAUUCUUUCGCUUUGUAUUUACUAUUGGUAAUGGUAGUGUUCCUCUGAGUGAGGAAUCUUAUAUUCGAACAAUGUUAAAUUAUUCUAUUGAAGUACAGAAUCAUUUUAAGUUGACUGGAACAAAAGAUCCAGAACAUCAUCUAAUCAUGCUUCGUGGUUCUACUUUGGAGCAAAUGGCACUUUCUUGUCUUCGUGAGGGAAAUGCAAAAGAUGCAGUACCAUGGGCAGAGAGUGCAGAUACAUUGCUUCACUCCACUACUUCUUCCUUACUACGUCUGAAAGUAACUGCGGAGUCUGGUAUGGAAAGAGAAGCUAUUUUGCUGCUUCACGAAUAUGUUCAGAGAUCAGAUGUCUCAGUAGAUGAAGCAGUAGCAGCUUGUUUUGAACUUCACAAACUUUUGAAAAAUGCAAGAGACGGCAUUAUAGAAGGUAUGCAAUUACUUUACUUUAAAGUAAAGGAUUCUACAUUAGGUGAAUAUGUAGCUUUUCGAUUUAUACAACUUUUAUUACAUGAUGGUAGUUUAGUAUCAUGUAAAAGAGCAUUAGAAAUUUUAAAAAAUGAAGGCAUAAACUUUGAAGAUACUAAAUCUCGUCGUUAUUGUUUUAUCUGGUUAUGGGAACUUAGUGAAAAUACAGAUUUUACACGUUCUGAAAUUCUACAAUGUCUUGAAACGGCAUUACGAUUUAAAGAAUGUGCCAGUGAAUCGGAAAUUAAUAUUCUUCAACUUCGUUUAUGUGCGGAGUAUAUAUCCCACUAUGAAGAGUCUCAUUAUACCAAUGCAUUAACUAAUGCAAAAGAUAUACUCCUUAAAUUAACAGAGAAGAAAUUACAGUGUAUUUUUACUCAUUCUUUAUUAUUUAAAAUUGCCGUAUUGGAGUCACAAGAGACUGAAGUUGAGAAUGAAUUAAAAUCUCUAAUGAAAUGUGAACCGGUAGAGAUGGUGGGUUCUGCACUUUGUAGUGCAAUAAAUUACUCUUUAAAGUGUAACUACCUUCAUGGAGUUUCUUUGGCAGCAUCAUAUGCAUUAUUUUCAUCAUCUACCUUUUUGGAUGCUCCAUCUGAACUUGAGGUAUUGCGAGUCUACGUUGCCUCACUCUUAAGUAAUACUUGUACUUGCUCUGAUGAACAAUUACGUGUACUGGUAGAGCGCUUUCGGUCUCUAAUUUCUGAUCAAUCUGCUACAAUUUCCUUAACACAUGAUGAAGUGAUUUGGUGGGCGCAGGCUUUUUUGUUAGUGGGUUCCGAGUUUACGGAUGGACCUGGGCAUACAAGCGUUUCUGCCUUUUCAGCGGCAACCCUUACUGUGAUGUGUGAUCCAAAUCCUGGUAAUGAACUUUCAAAAUCCUUAUUAUGUGCUAGUAUUUUGUGUACCUUGGAUGAUGAAUUUCAAUUGUUUAUUACAGGUCGUCCUUGUAUGGAACUAUGUGAUCUUAAUGAUCGAUUACAGUUAUGCAAAAAGAAUUUUUCAACUCUAUCUAGUAGAGAAUCUCGUAUUAUUCUUUUACUUUCUGAGGCUGAGAGUCACCUUCGUGAACCUUCUUCGGAAACCACAGAUAAAAUAGAUACUAUUAUAAAAGAAUUAACUCUUGUACCAGCAGCUUUUGAAGAUUAUGAGGGAUUGGCUGAUGGUGCCUCUUUUAUAGCCUCGCAGUUUACAACAGAGCAUGCAUUUUUACACGGAAUUGUUAUGAAACUUUAUAUGCAAGCUGUCCGUGUAGUGAUAAAUACUGGAUCUUUAUUUAUGGUGCUUAGUGGUGAUAAGGAUGAAGAGAGUGCUAACUGUAUUACAGAUACUCUGUUAUGUCUUUAUAAAUCUUUUUUACUUGCCUUUGACCGAACAGAACAAAUGGUUGUGGUACAACAAUUAAUUGAAUUGCUUUCACUUACAAUAGAAGAAGUAACAAUUACUGCAUUUAUUAAACGUUGUCAUGCAGAUAGUAUGUGGUCAGUAAUAACAAAUUCCAUGUCCUAUAUGGUACUUUUUCUUGAGUAUUUUGCUGUGGAAUCUUGGAAUAAUUCUGUCUUUUACAUGCAUCUUGCCGAUACAACGAAACAGAAGGAGUGGGCGCAGAUUGCUUGGGUAUUGGUCAAUGUUCUUCCUGAGACCAACAAUGUUGCUUCUGCCCUCUUGGCUUUAAAGUCUAUUAUUCCUCUUUGA